CAUUGUUUUGUUGCAACCCAGGCGGGACUGCAACUAUGGCCUUAAUAACUAUAGCAGGCUUUCUUAUUGAAGAGAUAGGAAUCUCUUCUGACCUCCCUGUCAGGAUGUAGCAAUACUCCCUUCAAAAUUCAAGUCACCAAAAACUCCUCCAAGAACACAUCACAGCACUUCCACAAACUUUGCAGGAGUAAAUCAAAGGCAUAAUCAUCUACAAGUUGGAUGGCUAGCCCCUUAAAUAAUGCUAGUGAGGUAUAUCCUUUUUUUCAGCUGAGUGAAAGGAGUGAUAUCCAGAACCGGACAGUCCAAACUGGCAGAACCCGAGUCAAAUCAACAGAGGAGGCUGACUGAUGUCACUCUAUGCCCCGGUGGACACACCACAAGGCCGUGCUGAGCGUCAGAGCGUGCAGCUGCUGGCGGCCGGGCCCCGGUUUCAGAUCCUCCGGCGCGCGAGCACCAGCAGAGCCCAAAUUUGCGGCCAUAUUUUUUUUCUCAAUAACAUGUUAUUUGCUUGAUCUAGAAACUGGAGUGGAAACACGUUGCAAACAAUUCAGACGUUCUACUCUCAACGCCUACUUUUGAUCAAAGCCACGAAGAUUCUGGAUGAAUAAACAACCCAAGGCAACACGUAUGAUGACAGCACAAAAUGGUGCGUCCGCAGCUGCUGUCUCCCGCAGCGCUGGGCGGUAAGCGCAUGUCACGCUCUUUGCUUCUGUUUGCUGGGAGUCUCCGGGCUGGAGAGGAGAAGCAAUGGCACCUGAGCAGAGGCACAGCACCUCCUCAAGAGAUACUUACAUACCUUUAUCCUUGAAAACCACCAGAAAGAACGAGGACAGACCAUGGAAACUCCGACUAAUCUAUCUGCAAUGCUAUUUCAUCUCAAUUGCCUGUAUCUUGGGGACAGGAAUAUUAGGUUUACCUGGCACAGUUGCGCAUGCUGGACUGCAACCAUUUUUGGUUUCAUUCAUAACUGGAUUCUUUAUGCAGGUGCUGUUGAUUUAUCUUUUUGUUGAUUUACUGCAACGAUGUCGCUUGGUUCAGAUUGAAGCUGUGAAGCAUUCAAGGCUAGAAAGAAUCAUAAUGCAGGAUGUUGGUGAUCAAGAUCCCAUUCCACGUUCCAUCGAAGAGGAGGAAGAAGCUGAGGAUGCAGAUCAUGUGUUGUUGCACCAGAAUAAUGGAGUUGACCAUUCUGAGGAGGAACAAAUGCCAAACUUGCACAUUCUGGGUGUCCUUUUCCUGAACAAGUAUAUGAGUUGCGUUUUCAACCUUCUCCUAAUACUACAAUUCAUUUCAGUUGGAAUCAGUUAUGUCUUGGCUGGUAGUGAAGCUUUUGCUGAGCUUUUGCAGAUCAGGCAUGUCUAUGUCAUUCCAUUCUUCACAUGGGUCUUGUCUUUGGGAAUUAUUCUGGCUCAAGUUAUUAUACAGCCAAUUACAUCCAUUUUGACACUGGCAAAAGGAACUCUGUUAAUCAUCACAGUAAUUGUGACCUUUGUUGUGGGCUCCGAGGUCCAUCAAGAAAUAAUCAAUGAUUUCUCCAGCAUUGGAGCACCCUUCUUGAUGGGUACUGUUGCACUUGGAGGCAUUGUAAAUGUGAUGCCAAUGUUAUUUUCUGAGAUUUCACAAAACAGGUCCCAGGUAAUGUGGUUCCGCCGAGCUGUCACUGGAGGACUCACUACUUGUGCUAUACUGAAUAUUCUCUGGUGUUGGGCUGUAUUGGACAUUGUUCCCCAGACAUCUGUGCGAAAAGUUCUAUUUGAUGGGGAUUCGAACAGUAGUGUGCCUAUUGGACAUCAGGUGGUACCUGGCUACAUAAUCAUCCACUCUAAUAUAUCUUUGGAAGCCUCAGAAAAGGCAGGGGAAAUAGCCACAGUUCCACUCACAAGAAUUAUAAUGGAACAGUACAGAAGAUUUGCCUGGGUGGCCUGGUUUACAGAGAUUUUCAUCACUGUCAGCAUUACUGUUUCUUUCCUGGUGCUUGGAUCUGCAAUGAAGCAUACAUUGGAAGGCUGGGUGGAUUCCUUCUGGAACAGGAAAUGUGAGAAGGCUUCUGAACAGUGUGAAACAUCUUACUUGCAAUUAAUUAAGAUUGGCAGCUUAAAAAGUGUGACUCGAGGAUUAGUUUGCCUGAUGGGAUUUGGUAUUAUCUUUAUGGUGGCUAUGUCUAAUCCAAAGGGAUUUGUUGUUGUGCUUGAUAAAGUCACCUCAUUUGCUUUAAAUCUUGAAGCUGGUCUAUUCAUUUUCCUGAUGCUGAGAAAUGCUCGAUCAGAGCCAUAUAAGCUUAUUAAAGUGCCUUUGCCCAUGAGUCCAAGGAUCUUUUUGUUGCAUUGGCUUCUCCCUGUUUAUUUCCUAUUUGCUGUGGGAUAUGACAUCUAUCAAACUUUAGCACAUGGUUCGCAUCAUUCAUAUUCACUAUCAGGUAAUGGUACAGUCUGACAAUCUGCAACACCUCAACAAAUGCCUGGAAAAGGAAGCUUGCACAAACUAAUUUUGGUUGCUAAGAUUUUGAAAAAGAAAAACGUUUGAGCUGGAAUUUUACUGCAGGUAUAUUUUGUCUAAUUUUUAUGCUGUUAUUGUUAACAGAAAAAGUAUGAAAUAAUUAUGCACUUCUUUAGAGCUAAGCAUAUGGCAAAUCAAAGAUAAUGUCUAUCUAUGUAAUCCUGUGCAAUUUCCAUUUGAUAUUUAUUAUCUUCGCUGUUCAUUUUACAAUAUAUUGUAACCCAGAACUUGAGUUAAUGACUGGCUAUAUGUGUAUAUAUUGUGAGCAUUGGCAGUCAGUUCACUCCAAUUACUUGUGUAAUUAAUUUCCAGCUGUACUGGGGAAAAUGGAAAGUGAGUUUUAUAGCAACUUCCAACUUGAGAAGCAGGGCUUAAUGUAUUCUUAGAAGCCUUGAAGAGCCUGCAAAGUUCUAGCUCCAGUAAUCGUCAAAACAGUCUCCGCUAUGUUAUUUAUGUCAAUUGCUAGUACAUACAAACAUAACAUUCCUGUGAAAGAAAAGAACUUGAAGUUAUAUCUAUGCUAUCAUAUCCAUUCAUAUAAACCACUGGAUUAGAAACUGUUCAGAUACUGAAAUCUUUAAAACUUGGAGGACGAGUUGAUAAAGCUGUAAAACAAAAAGGCCUAUGGGUGGCUCUGAUUUCUGAGUACAAAAACAAGUGUGGCAUCCUCAACCUGCACUAAUCUUUGAUUAACCACAUUUGGAUAUUGUGUCUACUGUCAGAAGGAUGGCAGGACACUGCAGAAAAGAUUUCCUACCACGAUACUAUGAGAUGAGAAAAACUGAAACUAGAGCACCAACGCUUAAGAAAAGUUCAACAAUAUGCUUUAGGGGAGAGAUAUUGGAAAGCAUAUGUUUUUGAUAAAGUAAGUUGGGAAACUAUUAGCAUUGGUUUGCAAGUCAGUAACUCAAAGGGAUGAAUUUAAGAUCACCACCAAAGGAACAAAGAGUGGUUAGAAGAUUUUUUUUAAUACAUACACAGGGUUUUUGUUAGUACCUCAGUAUGCAAUACCCUACCAAGAGUAGUGGAGGCAGAAUUCAUUAUUGCUUUUUAAAAGGAAUUAAUAAAUAUUUGAAAAAUAAUUUGCUACUACUAGGUAGCUUUCUCAGAGAGCCAGCACAGAUAUGGUGGCCAACUAGCAGCCUCCUCUGCUAUGAAAUUCUAUGCUUUUACAUGUACAAGAUUUUUCAACAUACUGCAUUCAAUGCAUUGAAAGGAACUCCCAUUUGCAUGAUGUUUAAACCAAGAUCAAAUUACUAGGAAUUUAAUAAUUUCAUCCAAAGGUGUAUGCUUAAUCUUAAUUCACAAUUUACACGGUUUGAAAUACUGUGGAUGUGUAGCUUGUAAUUAUGGUCCACCUUUUCUGUUAGAUGUAAAGUGGGAUCAGGGAUGUUAAUGUUUUAACAUAUUACACUCAGGAGAUUUUUAAGAACUACUGAAAAAUUAAGUAUUACUUGUACAAAUAAAAAUGUGACAAGAUUUUCCAGUAUAUCCUUCAAGGUUGCGUCUUCCACUCAUUGGAAGAUUUCUAUUUUAUGCAUCUUAUGUAAAAGUACAGAUAAAAUAUUCCAUAGAUUUGUUUUUAAAUUGCUCAGAAAGUUCGCUUUAUACCAAAUGUUUGACUUCAAAUAUUAAAAGUAAUGUCAAUAUCAGUAAAUUAUUUCAAAUGACAAAUGAUUGAACAAGAUACAAAAUCAAAAGUGACAAGAAAAAUAAACUACUAUGCUAAUUUUUUAAUUCCUGGAGUCUCCAGGUCAAUCUGGGUCAGGCUGUCAACUCUCAAUUUACAAUUAUAGUUUCAGCCUUAUAUAUUUAAUUGAUACUCAUAACUUUGUCAUUGCACUUAAGUAUAUACUUUACACAGGUUAUGCGUAAAAAAUGUUUUAAAAAUCUUCCACAGGAACUGCUACAGAAAAGGUAGUAACUGCAAGUACUACUUAUGAAAUUGUUUCGCAUCAAAGUACCACAAUUAAAGAAGCCAGUAAAUUGAACAUAAUUCAUAAAAUUAGAUCAUGGAUCUAGAGUUCAACUGUUACUCAAUGCAUUGUUAAUGAUUCUGUUGUAUUUUGCUGAAUGACAUUUCUUUCCAAAAUAUGUAUAGUAGUCAUUACUUGGUCACUCAUAUCAAUGAAAUAUAAAUAAACUUAUUAAUUAUUGAUAAA